UUUUGGGCGGAGGCUCGUGAGCACGUCGGUCCUCUCACGCAACCAGCGGCCAUUUUACAAAGACAGCCUCGGGAGUGCAGGUUACCAGCUCCUCUGUAGCGUCUGAAUAUAGUCAGUUGUUUAACCUUAUCUACUACUCUCGAAAUAUUUUUUAACGGUUUUUCCCAGUCUGCUUGUGUGAAAAUGUCUCGUGACCGGUCCCGUAACCGUGGAGGAUUCCAGCACCGAGGCCGCGGAGGAAUCGGGAUGCGUGGUGGCAUGGGAAACCCUAACUUUCGAAAUCAAAAUCAGCAUCCUUAUCAAAACCGAGGAGCCCAUAUGGGUGGCGGGUUUAAGCCGAAUCAGGCAACUCAACCCACCCAGGCCUCUACGCCACCGAAGCCGCAGGAAUCCAAUCAGAACAAGCCAGCGGUUCAGUCACCUCCGGCGCAAGGCCCAGGCCUGGUCCAGCAGAGCAACAACAAAGGCCCGUCACCGCAGCAGACCGCCAGCCCUGCUCAGCCGAAGAUCCAGUCUCCACCGCCACAGAAUACCGUGAAGACCCCGGACCUUGGUUCCCCACAGAACCAGCCCAGAAAGAACCAACCCAAAGUUGGGAUGGGAAAUGGCCAAAAACCGCCUGUUCCCGUGAAGAAAGACCCAGAGCAGACACCACCUCCACCACAACAACAACCGAUCACCAAGAGCGACACUCAACCUCAGGAAUUGAGGGCAACUCUGUCUUUGCUGCGCAAGCCCGGCGAGAAAACCUACACUCAACGUUGCCGUCUGUUUAUUGGGAACCUACCAAACGACAUCACUGAACCUGAAUUCAGGAAAUUGUUUGCAAAGUAUGGGGAGCCCAGUGAGAUUUUCAUCAAUCAAAGCAAAGGUUUUGGAUUCAUCAGACUGGAAUCCCGUGCCUUGGCAGAGAUCGCAAAAGCUGAGCUGGAUGAUAUUCCAAUGAAAGGAAGACCACUUAGAGUUCGUUUUGCCACUCAUUCUGCUGCACUUUCUGUGCGAAACUUGUCUCCAUUUGUGUCCAACGAGCUGCUGGAAGAAGCCUUCUCUCAGUUUGGAAUGGUGGAAAGGGCUGUAGUUAUCGUAGAUGACCGUGGCCGCUCAACAGGGAAAGGCAUUGUUGAGUUUUCUUCCAAGCCAGCUGCACGGAAGGCCCUUGAUCGGAUCAGUGAUGGAGUGUUCCUUCUCACAUCGGCACCCCGUCCGAUUGUGGUUGAAUUGUUAGAACAGUAUGAUGAUGAGGACGGUUUGCCAGAGAAACUCGCACAGAAGAACCCCAGCUAUCAGAAGGAGCGAGAGCAACCUCCUCGGUUUGCCCGUCCUGGCACCUUUGAGUUUGAAUACUCCCAGCGAUGGAAGUCUCUUGAUGAGAUGGAGAAACAGCAGAGGCAGCAAGUGGAGAAAAACAUUCGUGAGGCCCGUGAGAAACUGGAAGGAGAGAUGGAAGAUGCCUAUCAUGAGCACCAAGCAAACAUGCUCAGACAGGACCUUCUUAGACGUCAAGAGGAACUUCGUCGCAUGGAAGAGUUGCACAGUCAGGAGAUGCAGAAACGUAAAGAGAUGCAGCUCAGGCAAGAAGAGGAACGCCGUAGGAGAGAGGAGGAGAUGAUGCGGCAGAGAGAAAUUGAAGAACAAAUGAGGCGCAAACGUGAGGAGUCUUACAGAAUGGGCAGCUUUAUGGAUAAUAGAGACAGGGAGAUGAGAAUGAAUCCUAGUGGAGGCCUGGGGUUGGCUGAUAUGUCAUUUGGAUCACCUAGCCAGAAGUUCCAAUUGGCAGGAAUGAAUUUUGAAGGACACCAGGGAAUGGGGGGACCAACACCAGGGGGCAUGGUGCCCAACGAAAUGCGCAAUGAGCGUUUCCCGCAAGGUGGCCCAGGGGGUCCAAGGGGCAUGGGUGCUGGAAACCCAGGAUUUGGCAGGGUCCGUGAGGAAUAUGAAGGAUCUGCCAAGAAGCCACGCUUCUGAUCUGGCACUUUAAAAUCAAAGUUUGUAUGUGGAAAUCCAGAGGCUCGGUUCUGGAGUUGCAAUUGAUGUAUUUAAGUUUAAAGAAUUUUCUUGCAGUUUUAGCCUGAAAACUCAUACCAUUUGUGGCAAGAUUUUUUUUCGUCCUAUUUUUAUUUUGUAUUCUUAAUAGGUUUAAUAAAACCAUUGAAGCCAGCAGUGGCUUAGUGCUACCAACAUGUAAUCCUCUUACUAGUCUACCUUGUCAUGUUACUUGUGUUAUACUGGUGAAUAUUGUAAAUUGUUCUGAUCUUACUAUGGCUGUGUUCUGUGCCAUUCACAUUUAAAAUACUACAUGUACGUUUUCAAUAAAGAGUGCAGUUGGUUUUCCAAAACCCCAAUCAGGUGUUCUUGGCACAAUGAUUAAAUUUGCUUAGUGUCAGACAUCUGACACCUGACACGUGUAAGAUAUCUAGUACACCAAUAUCCCCCCCCCAAAUUUAUCGCUAACUGUGAACAACUUGGCUAUUAAGAUAAAUAUGGGUUGAUGGUCCGAUAUCAGUCUUCAUUUUGAUUUGGAAAUAUAGCUUAAACAUUUAGACUUUUUUAAAAAAAUUUUUUUUUUUACAAUUUGACUUUCAUUGGUUAAUUUUCACAAAUACUUAAAUUGCAGUGCAUAUGUAGCCAGUGUGUGGUUCUUACGCGAUGCAGAAGCAGCACUGGCACAUUGUGCUUUCACAUAGGAUGUGUUUGCUGUCUGCUACUGAUCAGAUGUAUACUACAAACACAAUUUUCCAUUAUUUCAAUUUCAAAAUCCAAAGAGUGUUACUGAAUGCUUUUACAGCAUUGCGAUUUUUUUUUUUCCUUUGUACAUGAAAGUAAUACAAUCUUUCAUAGACGUAAUCAUUGAAUAAUACAUUGUUUAUAUUAUUGUGUUUAAAUGUAGGGCUGUACAUUUAAUCGAUUCAAUUUAGACUUUGGCCUCCAACGAUUAUGAAAAUACAGUAAUCGAGAUGAACCGAUGAUUGCGCCCGUUCCGCCCCCUUUCCAGAGGUGCGCUUUCACUCCUCCAUAAAAGCCCAAUUUCACGUGCAAAUCAGUAAAAUCAUUUAACGAGACUUUUGCAAAAUGGGACGCGCUUGAUUUAAGUUGAUUUUAGAUUUGUUUUUAAAAGUGUGAAAGAACGUGUAUGUUCUCAGAGACAGAACACAGCAUGGACAUAUGAAGACAUUUUUUAGCGCCUCAACGGACAAAUACACAAAAAAGUCAAUGCGGCCCUGAUUAUUCAAGUAAACCCUUGUCGGUUAUGUAAUGUAAAGUUGAGAAUGAAAAUACGUGUUCAAUCAAUUAUUAAUCAAACAAAAGACAAAUACAAAAUCACUCACUGCUCUUGACUAAAGGACUCUUGUAGCUUUAAGAAACAAAGGAAGUUUAAUUCUUACAGUGAAGACUGUGCCGUUUUAUUUUUCAUUUAAGUUAUUACAUUUCUCUAGUAGGCUGUUAACUGAAUAGCUACUUUAGACUUGCAUAUAAAAACAAAGCACAGUUUGUUUCAUUUGUAUAUCCUUUUUUCUUUUUAUAAAUGCUAUUGUAUUCUUUUGCUUUAUUACUGGCAUUGUGUUCCUUUACUCUUUUAUUACUGGCAGUUUAAUUUUUAUAUUAUGUUUUUUGUCUAAUAUUAGUUACUCUAGUAUUCUGCUGUGGGACUGAGAAUUGUGACAUUUUCGCUGGUCUCUAAAAUGUAGAUGUCAUAGCAACCUUAUUUACAGAAAAUAUUUAUUUAUAUCACCAUCUUCAAAUUAUUUCAUAUAAAGUUUUGGUCAUAUGGCCCACUAAUAAUAGUUUUAAAUAAUCAUGAUCACAACAUUGACCAAAAUAAUUGUGAUAUAUGAUUUGUCAUAAUUGAGCAGCCCUAAUUCAAUGCACUUACUUGUAAAGUUGCUUGAGCAAGUGGCAAAACAUUUAAACAAAGCCUAAAAGCCUACUUUUAUGUACAAAGGUAGUAGGCUGUCACGAACAUUUUAAAUAAACUUACCAUUGACAGACACAGUCGACUUUUUCUUUGCAAUUAAAACUUUAUAAGCAAUCCUACUGGUUGUAAAGAAUUGUUUUUGCUAUGUGCAUGAGUGCAAUCCAUUGUCACCUCGUCGCGCACUUUUUCUUGCUGUAAACCUACCCAAAAAGCCAUGUGUUGACUGUGAAACAGUUUAAUUAUAUGCAUUUAUGGCGUAAUUACAAAAUUAUCGUAAAAAUCCAUGUUAAUUUUUACUGCGAAUAAUACCCUGUCACUUUCUUUCAGCACAUGUAGCACAGCAAAAAUAGGAAUGAUCGCUGCAGACUAGGGUUGGGUAUGUGAUUCCAAUUCUGUUUAUCGAUUCUGAUUCUUAUCAAUUACUAGUUCGAUUCUAAUAAGAUUUUUAAAAAUCUGAUUUAAAAAAAAAAAAUUAAGUGAAACAUUUAGAUGUCAAAUAUAAUUAUUCUGUUUAACAAAGUGUUCUGUUGCAGCUGAAUAACUUAGGCCUUUUACACAGGAACAUUUGCCUAUGGUUUUAACAAAAUACCACAGCAAAACUAGACUAAUAAAUUUUAAACAUUAAAUUGUUAAAGACAAGUAAACGGUCAGUAAUGAGAUGGGAACAAACAAAUCAAUUAGCAAUAGCAUAAAUAAAUCCAACUGAAAUUUCAGGUGAAGAAAUUGGGUCAAAAGUUUAAAAACACUAUAGUUUUCUUCUCAUAAAUUUUAUAUACAUUAAUUUGCAUCAAGUUAUGAAUGAUAUUGUCAAGAUCAGUGAAUGAUUUUCUUUUAUUCUUUGAUUAACAUUAAUGACAGGCAGCACGUUUGUUAGGCUGCUGUCUCUUUAACACCGAACGCACGGGUGGAUCUAAAAAAAAUUUUUUUACGUUGCGUUUUUUCACAUCUGUUCACGUUCACUUUAAGACACAAACGGCUGUGUUUGGGGUACAUUGAUGUAUUUUUGUGCAUAUUGGUUGAUAAAUGUGAAAGAAGCACGUUUAGGCUCGGAACAAGUCUUCAGUGGAAAUGCAUGGAACUGUUUGAGAAGUGCUCGUGCUUCGGAUGUGUGCGCUGCACGCAAACAGUGCUCAAGUGCAGUGUGAAUGAUUUCACCUGUUAACGUGGCCAUGGAUUAAAAAUAUGCACUGCAAACAAAGUAUGUGUAAAACAGGCUUUAGCCCUGAUCGGUUCCAGAAUUUUCCCUAUAACACACACCGUUAUAACUUCAAUCAUAAAUUAUAAUAAAUUUAUUUUUAAAAAAAAGUCUUUACACUGCAGAAAACAAGUUAACUGUGGAUUGCAAUUUUAGAAAACUCUUAGCCACUUGUUUCAGCAAAAAAACAGUACACACACCAUUUCAGAAGCAAAUUUUAAGGUUUAUGCAGCAUUUUGUUUCCACAAUUACGUUAAUUUCUGUGCUCUGUUUAAAUCAAAUUCUGCUAAUCCAUUUUAGAACAUAGAUUAUUCUUAUUUUGUAGUUUAUACUGGACAAAGCAGCGGUUUAAGUUUUCUUUUUGCUGUAUAUGAAUCUAUAUGAACUAAAAAUUAUUCUGGUGAUUUUAAUUCAUUUAAAGCAACUUUAUGUAGUCUUGUGGGGUUUCUUUUGUGAUUUUUAUAAAAAAAAAAAAUCAUGUCAUUUUUAGAGUGGAUAGCAGUACACAUGUAUUUGUUGCAGCCAUAAAGCAAUCUGCCCUUUUCACAGACUUUUGUACCCACUCACCAAACUUGCAUACUCCCAGAACAGACGUUUGGACAAGACAAGCCAUUUGCCUUACUAGAAGUCAGUGUACCAUCAGAAUGUUUUAGACCUGAUGUUUCAAUGGUGUAAACUUACAUAUAGUUGCUUUAAUCUGAAGUCAACGGUGAAGCUUUUUUUUUUUUUUUGCCCCUAUUGUCACAAAAUAGACUUUUGGGCUUUGACUUGUUGACUUUAAGCAUGCUUCCAGUGCAUCCUCCAAUGUUUGAUUAAACAAUAAUCCUUCCACAAACUCGUACCAUUGAUGUUUUGAAUGUGCCAUUGUGAUGGCAGUGUUUUUGGGUUGAGGGAGUGAACAUUUAACGCCUCUUUGUAGUUUCACUUAGUUGUCUCUGCAUAUUAAAGCUGCAGUCCGUAACUUUUUUUUUUUUUUUUUUUUUUUUUUGAAAUCAAUGAGCAAGUGCAUAAUUCAAGUACAGUGUUCAAAACUCUCGCCUUACUUUAGCCUGAUUCACAAUGUUAAGCUUAUGUUUUCUAAUUUGAGUGGUACUGGUAGGAAUUCGCGGGAAAUUUGAGCAUGCCGCUGCAUCGUCACGUCAAGCGGCUCGCCAAGCUUUACUUUGUGGCUCGCAUGGCAGUAAAUAAUACGAUGAUAUGAUCAUGCAGUCAAUACAGAUUUCAUAAAAACAUUAAAAACAAGCAGGGCUAUAACAACCCAUUAAAAAAAACCUCGCGUCUACACCAGACGUGAGUGGCACAAUCCGACAAAAGACAAUAGAACCUAGUGAUGUCUACACUGUAUGCAGCGCGAUGCGACAAUCUCCAUCAGUAAACCGAUACCUUGAUCUAUUUAUGACUAACUGUACUGACACUGCGUUCAAAUUAUUUGCAGCUGUCGUUUUUUUGCAUCAAGUGUAGACUGACUUAGUGCAGCGGGGCGAGGCACGACAACUGUCACGUCUGGUGUAGACAAGGUCAGAUAGUGUCUGCUCUAUUACAAAUAAUUAAUAUUUUUUUUUAAAAAACUAAAACCGCGGCAUUACAAGAUGGAAAUAUAGACUAGAAAAGAUAUUUAAACUUGCUCUGUCCUACGUCCAUGACACUGACUCACUGCGGAGUUGCCGGUUUUAAUCUUAACAGCUCUUAACGCCGAAUGUGCACUUGGAUGGUUCGAUACAUAAUGGGCUAGUAUAGAAAAAAAAAAAAAAAACUUAAGGUCUUCCCAGCAUUAAGGUAAUUAUUUUUUCGAAAUCAUCUUGUCUCGGUUACAAAUUUGACUGGUAAAUGAUAAAGAUUGAUAGCCCCUUUUAUAUUAGAUUGCACUGCAUUGCAUAUCAGGGAUGACGAAUUGAUUUAAAAAAGACAUGCUAUUUAUGACUGGAUGUAACUUUUGAUACUUCGCGGUAAAAGUGGUUCGCUGAUUGACUUUGCCCUAUCAGUGCAGCUCCCAUGAAAAAUAGUGAAGACCACUGCUGUAGGUAGUGGAUCAUUUAUAGCCUUCUCUCACAGCUGCUGGAAUAAUUAAAUUUGUCAUUUUGAUGGUGGAUUGUAAUCCAGAAAGGAUUGUUUAUGAAUGGUUCAAAUGGUAUGACAAUUAGAGAACAUUAACAUUACCAAUUUGAGAACAAAGUAUAGCAAUAAUAAUUUGCACAGUCUGAUGUGAUAUGAGGUAACCGAUUGUUAGAUUUAAUCACCAUUGUAGCGAGAGUUAUUGUAAUGCUUUUUCCCUCAGUUGGUCAGAACAAACGUGGCAGACAUGUUCAGAUGACAAUAUCCGGUGAAAAUUCUUAUUUGGGUCAUCUAUUCCAAGACGUAGGCUAGAAUCUAUGAUCCCUAAGUACAGUACACCGGUGCGUUGACUGACAGCCACACAUACUCCUCAACAUUCGAUUCAUCCGAGCUGGAGCCGUGCCGGUGCACAACCCACGCAAGGGAGAUAAUUCCGCAAAUAACUGCAAUUGCAUGUUUUCAAACAGAGAUGGCAGCAAAGAGGCAAAACUUACGGACUGCAGCUUUAAGAUGACAUUGAGGAAUGCCAUUUAAGAUGCUUUUAACCCUGGAAAAAAAGUGAUAAAAUUUGCCUUUAACCCAGCUGUUAAAAAGCAGAUGUGAUUCACUUGUUCACUUAAUUGGCAUACAGCACUUGGAACUUUAAUAGAAUUCUCCUGAUUAAUAUUUUAGAAAUUUAUUUUUGGUCUAUAUUGCCCCGCCCUAGUUCUACAAGUGCAACAAGUGAAAUUUGACUACCUAUGUAGAGGUUACAGGACACAGACACUUGUUUUAAGUAGCGGGGUUUUUUUUGUUUGUUGUUUUUAUCGAUUUAAUUUCAAAACAUUUUUACGUGUAUUUCUCUUCUUUGUCUCUUUUUAGUUAUGGUGGUUGACUCCAAUAAAAGUUCAAAAUAUUGCUACUUAUUUCUGCUUGAAAGCAAUAUUUCUUUUUUUGAAUGUAUAAUAUCCACAACCAACUAAUGGAUUCAGUUGUCUGUAUAGGAUUAUCGAUUCAUUGUUCUGCAGUUGAAACUGUUACUUUGUAAAUUAACUUUUCGAUAUGCCAAGACAAUGAAAUUGAGAAUUAUUAUUAUUAUUAUUGUUGUUAUUAUAUAACAUAAUAGUAUUGUCAUUAUUAUAUAAAACAGUUUUCAGAUAUAGUUUACACCUUUCACUUAAAAUAACGGGUAUUUUUUAUUUAUCUUUGUAAAACUUUCUAGGUCAGUUAACAAUAACAGCUAAUAAUGGUUCUCCACUGUACUCCUUAUACUUUGUGUUAGCAUAAUUAUAACACAUCGUAUUUUUAUAUUAAAGCUUGACUUCUAUGUUGUAUUUGUAUUUGACAUUUAUCAAAUACUUGGAUUAACAAUGCAUUUAUAACUAGUAAUUUAUCAUAAUUUACUAUUAUUAUUAUUAUUAUUAUUAUUAUUAUUAUUAACUAAUUUUAUUUCACUUUGCAUGAUGUGAGACCUACCCUUUUUUUUUUUUUUUUUUUUUUUUAAUUUUACACUUUAAAAAAAAUAAAUAAUUCUUCUCACUCCUGCAUUAGGUGAUUUUAAAGGUAACUUUAUUUUGGUAUUGCCUUGAGUGAGGACUACUAAUUUGAUUUUCUUCUACAUUGUUUUCUUACUAAAUUUAAACCCUUUUGAAAAUUUGGUAGCAUGAUUAAAUCAAAUUUGUCUUCAUUUGAAAGCCAUGUAUGAUAUUUGAGUUGACUCUAAUUCUUGGCGUACAAUGUAUUUAUUUUUUCUUAUUUAAAUCGCAUGGCUUAUGUAAUUAGAUAAUUUUAACAUCAAGAAUGGAGCUGGAAAAAGGUAAUUUCACAUGCAGAUUUUCUGAGAUACAUUGUGGAAUAAAUGUUAUUGUUUAUUGUGUUGGUUUUCUAUACAUUUUCUUUUCCUUAACAGGUUUGUUCGUGACUUCCGAAGUAUCGUCAAGUUUGGAACUGUUUUGGAUUUUAGCCAUUUAUCCACUAUUAGUUUCAGCUUUAUAUGGCAUGCCAAUGGAUUGUUCACCAGCUGUCUAAUGCGUAAUGUUCUCAAUAGCAAAAAUGGCUUUUCAGAACACAAGGCUCUAGUCUGAUUGACUGGCUUUCAAUUUCCAGGAAUCAGGGUGUUUAGGUUUUGAACAGUGCACUUGGAAAUAUUUACAAGUUCUCAAGCGUCUUCAGUGAGAACUACAAAGGAAGAACUAGUCGCUGGAUUUGCCAUUAAGUCUUCAAGAGCUUUAAGACACUUGGUAGCAAGUAGACCAUACAUCCUUAACCCUGCCAGUAUUACUCCUUUUCCACCUGCAUGAACCGGGUGCUAGUUCAGAGCCAGUACUAUUCCCAGUUCGGAGGUGGUUCGACUGGAGAGCCUUCUAAGAACCGGUUUGCCUUUCCAUUGGAUGGAGAACCGCCACAAAGUCACUGAAUAUACCAUCUGAAUACGUUUAAUUUCCUCUAGCAAUGCUAACGUGGCAGAGCCAAACACAACAGGCUUAUUCUGGAUGCAGCUGGGCAGACCGAUCAGCACGCAACACAGACGCGCCGCAGGAGCGGUCCAAAAGCAUAAAGAGCUGUCUGUCAACAAUGGUGGACGUUGCUUUAUUGAUGUUAAUGGCUUUGAGAACCUACAUCGGCGUUCAAAGAUGGCAAAUCCAAUGUGUUCGUGUUAAGCUGUUAUUUCAAAUAUGAUGCGCAAAAGUUUCUGUUUGUCCUUUUGGUCACGGUAACCCCGCCCCCAGCACCUGAUGCAAGCAGUUCUUACUUCUAGCUCUGUAAUGUUUUGAUGCUACUUACGAACCACUUUCCCUCGUUCGGAGCUGGUGCUUUGAGUGUCGAAAGACCAAGAACUGACUUGAAACUAGACUCUGGCUCCGAACCAGCACUCAAACUGCCUUGGUGGAAAAGGGGUAUCAGUUACACAUUGUUCUUGGAGUUAUAUCUCCUCUUUAACACCGUGUUAAUACAUAUCAUGGUUGGUCACUUCAUGUCAGCUUCAUGUCAUGUCGCCUCAUUUGGUUUGGAUUGUCUGUGUUUGAGCAGAAUGAAUAAUGCGAGACUAAUUCGCUACAAAAUAUGACCUUCUGGCAUGUAACUUCAAUUAUUUACCAAAACUUUGGCUUGUUUGUCCGAUUUGGAACAACUGUUUAUUUUGCUUCAACACUAGUGUUGCACCAUUACUAAUUAUUAUUAUUGUUGCUGCUCACGUCUUUGUCAUAAAAUUAGAGGUAGUAUUAAAUUUGCCAUCUCCUCGUAGUUAUUUUACAGCAGAUUUUCAAAACAUCUUUCAAGAACCCUGUUUUUAGAAAGCUAACUACUCAAAUACCAGUGUUAGCACAGUUCUAGGGCAAGAUUCAUAGAACGAGUUAAUUUUUCUUACCUGCUAUUUUCUUAUUUAAGAAUGAAGUUUAUAAAUAUUUUGCAUUCCCAAAAACAUUCCCCAAAAAAAAAAAUAUUGUUUUGAAAAAUGUAAUGAAAAAUUGGAGUUGAAAUUGAAAAGAAUGAAAAGUCAUAAUCCUUUUAAAUAAACCUUUUUAACUAGAAUAAACUUAAUCCCUUAAACUUAAAUCUCCAUAGAUGUUUAAUGACAGCAUGCACACUCGGAUACAGGAUGCUUUCCAGGGCUCAUCAGUAAGGACUACCCAAUGUCCUGAGGCCAGAAUGAAAAUUGCUCUGGCCAGCUGACCUGAGUUGUCAUUGGCUCGAUUGGGUACACACUUGAUGCAUGCACACAAAGCUGCCACUCGGAUGGCGCACAAUAACAAAUUCCGUUCUCUUUUGCAUCAAAUACAAAAAUGACUCCCUCUUCAAGUGUUAUUUAAACAUUGUUAGAUUUUUUUUUUUUUUUUUGGGAAAACAUUUGGGAGAAAAUGGAUUGCGUGUCAACAUGGAUCUGUGCUUAAGUGAAGCAGUCAGUCACGUUUACAUUUAGUAAAGUGAUUUCCACUUUAAUUAAAAAUGUACAACAAACAUGAUUAAUGUAACCAUUUUUAAAGAAAAAGCUUUUAUAGCUUUUGGAGCAAGGGCACCGCCAUCUUGCAGUACCAAAUUGAGUCCUCUUUCUAGUCUGCUUGAGCAAAUACACAGAAUAUUAUGUUAAUGGCUGUUUUAGGAGUGUCCAUGCAAAUGCAAUUUGUUUCCGACCCGCUCUUCACCCCAAACCAGAGCAGGUUCACGGCUUCUUCCACAUGUAAGGGCAGUACAGCUUGUUCCCCUCGCGGUAUAGGCUCAAAUGCUUGAGCAUUUGCACUUAUUAUGGGCUCAACACUCCAAGUUUGUCUUCCUCCAUUUUAAACAAGUGUUCAAAAAGUAAAGAAUAUUACUUUAUUGGCCUACGGAGCGAACAUAAAGUGGACAUUACUAAAUGUAAACUUGACUGACUGCUUCACUUCCACUUUAAAGUUUUAGGUCUUAAAAGUGACGGCAAUCUAAGUGUUUUUUUUUUUUUUUUUUUUUUUGUGAAUCUGGCCAUAGUUCUAAAUUGAAUAAUUAAUGUAACUAAAUCUAUAAUUGUAGGAUAGCCACUAAUUUAUUUUUGUGGUUAUAUUGAAAUGUGCUAUUCUGUGCUUCCUUCUGUGUGCAACUUUCUUCAGACUGCAUUUCCUAGAUAGCAUUGGAUUCAUAAACUUUGUUUUUCCUCUUAGAUGUUGAUUUAAGUGAGGGCUCUUUCAGUAAUUCAGGAGGAGUAUGGGAUUAAAAGGACCUUUGAGUUAACCAAUUAUGUAGCAAUAUUGGUAGUUUUUUUUUUUUUCCUCUCGUUUAUGAAUUUAAUUAAUGUGAUUGCAGAAUCUGCAUUCUUCAAGAAACAAGUGCUAUACCAUAUGAGAACUGCUCUGGAUUGUCCUUGAUGUUGGCAGCUGGAUUUUUUUUUUUGUUCUUUAGAGUGGUAAAUUCACAAGUACAUAAUACUUGAUACUUAAUUUUGCAAGCAUUGAGGAACUGCUUUCAAGUUGCUAUGCAUGGUCAGAAAGAAAGAAAAAAAACGGACGUUUUGUAGUCUUAGUCUUCCCAAAUUAGAUUAUUCAAAUGAACUUAAAUAUUCAGUCUUUAGACAAGGGCAGGAGGCCUGUUUAUAAUCGACUGGAGACUAGGAAUUAAAUGGGAAUAGUAAUCUGAAUAUUUAUACAUUUCUCCUAGUUUAACACCUUCUCAAAUUAUUUUGACCUUUUUGAUGAAAGCCUUGAAUGUAUGGGAAGAUGUUCUCAUUCCAACCUGAAGCCCUUGUAGCUAGUUGCCUGGAUAUUAGCAGGAAGGAACAGAAAGAUAAAAAAUUAUCAGACUUCUCAAUUUUCAAGAACACCACAACACCUCCAGGCUUGGUAAGUGCACAACGCAUGAUUACUUUACAGUCUGCCAAGUCCUGCAAGAAAACCAUUUUAAUUGUGCCUGUUUGAUAGUGUUGGGGAAUGGGGGUUUGUUUUGUUUUUUGUUUUACAAUUUAUCUCUACAGUUUACUACCAUAGUUAUAAACAUUUCAGUCCAGAUCCACACUUGGAGAAGAGGAAUCAUGGGGGAAAAAAAUCACUGAUUAAAUUCAGACUACAUUUAAAGGCACAAGUCACUCAAAUGAAAAUUGCUUGCCCUCAUGUCACUCCAAACCUGCACAAUUUUUAGUCUACACAAAUAUAAAGUGGACAGCUUUUUCCAAGCUCCAUACGAGUCUGUACGAAAUGUACAGUAUAUUCCAAGUCGCAGUUUUUUAAAAUCAAGUGGUCAAUUGUCUGUGACUACUGUAGUGAUGCACACAGCCCCGCUCACAUAAACCAAGCAGUAUUCUGUUGGUCAAUGCAGUGAAUUUGUGUGGAAAAACAGGUGGUUUUGUUUACCACACAUGAUCCUUCAGAAAUCAUUGUAAUAUGUUGACUGGGUGCUCCGUAAUCAAUCCUUGAAUAAACAUUUUUUUAAAAAUCACUUUGAAAACCAUUGUUUUUGUGGAAAUCUUGAUGCUUUUUUUCUUCUCAGUCAUCUUUGAUAAAUCGAAAGUUCAAAAUAACCAUUGUUUGAAAUGGAAAACUUUUGUAACAUUCUUUUUGUAACUUUUCUUCAAUUUGGAUCAAUUGAAUGCAUGCUUAUAAAAUCAUACCCUGUUUUUUAUAAUUAAAAAAAAUUGAAUGGUAGUGUAUCUGAAGUAGUAAAAUUCAGUGAGAGAUGACCGAUUAAGUUUCCAUAGUCCGCUAAGAGUUUCCUCAAAAUGAUCACGUUCAGAUGGCUCAAAAAAAAAAAAGACGAAUGUGCGAAACUUCAAAUAGCAAUGGGAAAUGUGACCGCACCUUUAGUCACAUGGGUUUGGAGUGACACAAGGGUUAGUAAAUGACACACAACUUAUUUUUUUGGUAAACAUUUGAUUCAUUCCCAGCUUAGAGCCAUUGGAAUAAUUUUUUUACAGUGUAAAAAAAAAAAAAAUUCAAGACACAUUAAUUUAAUAAAGUUAAUGAGUUCCUUGCUUUAAUUAGAACAUCUUAACUAGUUUCUGUAAUUUAAAUAGUCUAGUAGGAGUUUAUACAGAACAUCACAUAACAUUUGCCAAUUUUUUUUUGACAUCACCCUGCAUGUAGUUAGCACUGUAUACACUGGGACCAUAAAUUUCUAUAUGCCAUUGAUCGUGUGACCAGACUCUAUGGUUAAGACUGUUUUUCCCCUUGGCAGAAUACAGUGGAAACUUGCCUUUUCAGGCCCCUGAGAUUUUAGCAAGUGUGACAAGAGCUUGUCUCUGUCUGUACUGUGUAUUGAGUGAAUGGUGGUGCUAUAGCUGAGCAUUAGGGGCCAGUGUCCAGCUUACCCACAGACUCCAGCAGUUGGUAACAUUGAGGAUUAGUUCUACAGAUCAGUGGACAGUUGAGCCUGGACUUUUUUACAUCAAGAGGUAUGCUUGCAUAUCACCGGAAAAGGUAAGUGAUCUUGUCUUUUGUUCCAUGCAAAUAAAGUACUACUUUCAUCAGCCGUGUUGAAAUACUACCUGGGUUCUGGCAUCACACUCCUGAAAAUGGGUUCACGGUGCAGGAAUUGUUUUUGUAAGCAGUAUUUGAAAUGUGUUUGGUACUUUGGCGCCCUUUGUGUGUAUUUCAGCUGCUCUGUAAUGUCUUCCACACAGUAGCUGUCUUUGAGGACAGCAGCAGCAUCACUACUUCACCAGGCAUCAUGUAUUUAAGCACUGUACAAUAAUAAAAUUCAAGGUGCUCUUUAGUGGGGUUCUCACUAUUGACUUCAUGUACUGAGAUGCGCUAAAUUUUCUUUCUGCUUGGGCAGGAAAAAUGUGGUUUGUUUAUGGUGAAGGCUAGGGUUCUAAGAACUUGAAUCUGAAUAGAAAUGUUCAGAAAAGCUCUUAUUUUUAGUCCACUUUUGAUUCAAGUUAAACUGCACUUGGAAGUUUCAUGGUUUUAGUGUGGGGCUUUUAAUUUUCUUUUUUUUCUUUUUUUUUUCUUUUUUUCCAAAAUAUCCUUUUUGCCUGAUUUAAGCUGAAGCAGCUAAAUCAUUGACACAAUUGUUGGUUCAGUUGCUUAUACAUGCAAAAACUACAAAAAAGUUUGGGGUUGUGAAGAUUUAUGUUUUUGAAACGUCAUGUGCUCACCAAGGAAAAUGAUACCGUGAAAAUGGUAAUACUGUGAAAUUAGUACAAUUUAAAAUUUGUUUUACUAUACUUAAAUUUAUUCCACUGCUGAAUUCUCAGCAGUCAUUUCUCCAGUCUACAGUGUCACAUGAUCCUUUAGAACAGUGUUUCCCAACCUUUUUUUUUUCUGCCACGGCACAGUUUUGAUGUGUAAAAUCCCACUGCACACCAGUAAGCUUUUUUUUUUUUUUUUUUUUUUUUUUCUUCUUCUUCUUCCCCAAUUAAACAUGGAGUCAUCAGAGUUGGUAUUUUGGCUUCAUAUAUGUUCAGACACUUGCAUUUAAAGGUGCAGUAUGUAAGAUUGACAGCUACCGGUUGAAAUGGAUACUGCAAUUCCGGCCUGGAAUCUGUCCGAAACGCAUAUUUCAGAGUAGAAUUACUGGCUAUAGCAUUAUUUUUCAGAGAAACGGCUAUGUAAACAUAACAUGUUUCCUGAAUAUCUACAAACAUGUUAUUUUUUUGGCUUUAGAAGAGUCAAAAACGUACAUACAGCACUUGUAAUUUCUGAAAAUCAUACUCAAAUGGAUCCAUCAUUAGAAUGACUACAUCUGGGGCAGUAAAUUAACAUCACGUUUUCACCAGUUUGCAGGUUAAUUUUAUUGUAGCUAUAUGAGCGCUCAGUUUCUCUUAAUACAUUUGGCUAAAAUCUCACAAUAUAGAAGACGAACCGCUAUGAUAUUUAAAACGUACAAAAGUGUGUUGGCUACAACUAGACAGAAAAUGUUAAGACUCUGCUCUAUACACACAAAAAUAUUACCCUUUAUAUACAGCAUUUCUUAAAGCUGCAGUCUGUAACACUUUUUUUUGGAGGGUUAAAAAAUCAAUAUGAGCAAGUGCAUAACCAGCCAGUAUUCAAAACUAUCACCUUACUUUAUCCAGAUUCACAACAGUUUGCUUAUAAUAAUGUUUUCUAAUUUGAGUGGUAUGGGUAGGUUUUCGCGGGAAGUUCGAGCAUGGCACUGCGUCAUUACGUCACGUCUGUAAACAAAGUUGUUCCGGCUAAUAGGCUAUCUAUAUGCUGCAGGUGAUGGAACCUUUAUAGCCUUUGCUCACAGCAGCUAGAAUAAUUAAAUGCAUCAUUUUGAUGGCGGAUUGUAAUCCAGAAAGGAUUGUUUAUGAAACGCAUGUGAAUGAAAUUUAAAUUAUAUUCCAGUUUUAAAUAUAUUCCAGUUUUAAAUGUGCUUCUGAUUACAGAUAGCCUGGGAUUAUACAGGCUUUGUAUUUUAAAGAAAACCAGUUCGAAGGGAUCGUAGUUUGCUUUUUGGGUUAAAAGAAUUUCUUAACAUGAAAUUAAAAUGGUAUGACAAUUAGAUUGUACAGAAAUUGAAAUCUACACACUAUACUCAUUGGCACACAAUGCUGAUGUUAACAUUAAUAAUUUGAGAAAGUAUAACAAUAAUAAUUUGCACAGAUGUGAUAUGAGCUAACUGAUUGUUAGAUUUAAUUAUCAUUGGUAGCGUCGUUUAUUAUAAUUCUUUUUUCCUCAGUUGGGCAGAACAAACGUGGCAGACUUGUUACUUGUUCAGAUGGCAAUAUAUGGUGAACUCUUAUUUGGGUCAUAUUCCAAGACGUAGGCUAGAAUCUGAUUCCUGAGUACAGGACCCCCACACCGUGACUGACAGCCACACAUUCACCUCAAAACAUUAGAUUCAUCCGCGCUGGAGCCGUGCCGGAACACCGGAUCACAACCCUGCGCACGGAAGAUAAUUCCGCACAGAGCUGCAAUUCCAGGUUUUCAAACAGAGAUGGCGACAAAGAGGCAAAACUUUAGGACUGCAGCUUUAAGUAAAAAAAAAAAAAAAAAACUAUACGUAUUUAAACAUCAGUACUUUAUUUACCCUUGCAUUGCAAAGUAGAAGACUUCUGUCUUCAAACUGUGCAUCAUGGCACUUCACUCAUUCUGAAUGGAGGUGGGAUGGAGUUAUGAGGUUUGACUGACAAUUUGAGGAUCCAGUGGCGUUACGAGAUUUAGUCACAAGCUCUUUUGAAUGCUUUCCAUUGAUUUAAAUUUUUGUAAAACCCACAAACCGACAUCUUAACCAAUAGCACUGGUUUAAAACAAUAACAAAAUAUAAUGGAGAUAAGGGAAGUUUUUGACAUCCUGUCACGGCACACUAGUUGGGAAACACUGCUUUAGAAAUCAUUCUAAUAUGUUGAUUUGAUGCUCAAGAAGUAUUUCUUAAUGGUGCUUUUUUUUUGUGGAAAGUGACACAUUUUUGGUUACACUUUAUUUUAAGGUGUUCUUGUUGCUGUGUAAUUAUACAAAUGUAUACUAAGUAAUAUGAAUUAAUAUAGGGUUAAGUUUAGGGUUCGUUGCUUGUAGUAAUGCAUAAUUUACUGUAGUAUAGUAAGUACAUGUAACCAGGUCACUGUUAAAUAGUUUUUUUUUUUUUCAUUCUUGCUGUUCUUUUGAACAUUAUUUUCAAAGAAUCCUGAAAAGAAUUUAUUUUGAAUAGAAUUUAAUAACAAUCUAAAAAGUAUCUUUUUAUCAUUUAUUUGCCAGCAUUUACCAGUUACACCAGUGAUGCUCUGAUUUUGAGUGGUGUUCGUAUUACACUAUUUCCAUUCAUUCCAUUCAAAAAGUGCUUUUUGCGAUCAGCAAGCAUACUAGACCCUCCAAACACUUGAGUGCUUAGACCUCGUCUAUCAACUGUUGUAGUCUUCAACAAACUAUAUUGGAUAGCCUUUACGUUUGUUGUCUUGAUGGUGCAGAAAUGUAUUUAUGGCAGUGUAAAUGGUUCUUUCUCUCUCCUUCUCACUUCUCAAUCCUGGCAGUCUAACUAGUCUGUUUGCUUCAUAACUACUUGGAUAUCACAGUAAUGCUGCCUCCACUCUUUACAAACCUCCCUAUGUGGACUGGGUGGGAAAUACUCGGGGUAACGAGACGGUGCUUUAAAAUACAUUUAUUUGGUGUUUUCCCAAAUCUGCUGUGAUCCUUUAUACUUCACAAGUAUUGCACUCAUAUCAGUGACUCGUUCUCCAGCAUUGUAUCGCAGCCAUGUUACUGAACAGACUGUAUUAAAGGUGCCCUAAAUUCACUGAGUGUGUGCAUAUUCCUGCUCCUGUGGAUGAUCGGAGUGCUUUUGUACAACAUUUAUAGUGCUGGAUCAGCAUUGUCUGGAUGUGUGUACAUGUCUGUUUAUCUGCACUGUGAUCCAUUCAUCUUGGCCCCAAUCUGUCAUUUUGAUAAUUCUAGUAUGGGCCAUGAGUUUUUAGCUCUAUGGAGUGUGAUGCCAGAACUAACCUUGUGACCUAGUGGCUGCCUCAGAGAGGCAGAUCUUUAACACAUCUGUUACAAAUUUGGGAUUGUGUUUGAGGUGUUGUCUGUAUGGAGUUCAAGUGUCAUUGACCUUGUCAGUUAGUGAGCUGUACAGCAACUGUAACAAAGUCUUCCUGCAUGAGAUGAAGUAAUAUUUGCUCUUCAGCUGUAUAUUCAGAAACAAAGUGACUUAGCUUUAACUUCAAUAUACCUAACCAUUUAUUUCACCAUUAUGUGCUUGAGUAGUUUCCAUGAUAGGGGUUUUCUUUUUUGAAACAACUUUAGUUAUAAAAGGACUACUCAAACUUUUACCAAAUGUUUUCCAUUUUUAUAUGUAGUAUUAAGUAUUGUUAAUGAUAAUAGCCUGCUGUAAGCUAGUCAUAUAAAGCAGUUAAGGUAGGACUCUGUAUAAUGGUUUACUUCUGUAUCCUCACUGCCUUUCUCUCACUGCAGGUGCCUCGGGUGAUUGAAGGAGGUUAAGCAGCAUCAUACACUUUGAAAUAUGGGUCAACCAAGGAACCUGUUCUCUCAGCAGUUGAGCACUAUGGGCACUAAAUGUUCCUGUACUGUGGACAUUAAUGUACAGUCCUGUUGGAGUGUGACGUGGCAUGGCAGCUUGGGAAAUCUUGAGUGCAACACUGGAUGCAUCAUGAUUAUAUCCAAUUUUUAAAUAAACUACAUAAAGAUCCCUA